CCACCACCCCCGGGGCUUAUGUCGUCACGCGCUUCCUCCCCUUCCAUUCCAGCUCCACUCCCCUUCUCUAGCCACUAGAUCCUCUCUUCUCUCCUCUCCGCCCCUCCCAUCCGCCCACCAUGGAUGUCGUCGCGGCGGUGUCCGGGUACAUCUCCAAGAUGGUCACCGCGGGGGACCCCUCCUCCUCCUCCUCCCCCGCCAAGAUGAAGAUUCUACUCCUCGACAGUGAGACAGUGGGACAUGCGCUUCUCUCAUUUGUGCUGCUGCAGGAGGUGUGCGCUGACCCUCCUUGCCUAGGUGUCUAUCGUCUCCACCGCCAUCACCCAGUCCGCCCUAUUGAACCAUGAAGUCUAUCUGAUCGAUCGCCUCGAUAACGCCGCUCGUGAGCGCAUGCGACACCUGCGCUGCCUCUGCUUCGUCCGACCCUCGCCCACCUCCAUCCAAUUCUUGAUUGACGAACUGCGCGAACCCAAAUACGGCGAAUACUACAUCUACCUGAGCAACAUCAUUCGCAAAUCCUCGCUUGAACGACUGGCCGAAGCCGAUUCCCAUGAGGUGGUGCGCGUGGUUCAGGAACACUUUGCCGACUUUCUCGUCAUCAACCCGGACCUGUGUUCCCUGAACUUGGGAUUCCCCCAGCAGCGCUUGUGGGGCCAGUCGCCGGACCUCUGGAAUGCGGAUGCCUUACCCAGGGCCACAGAGGGCGUCAUCGCGAUGCUGCUGACGCUGAAAAAGAACCCUCUGAUUCGCUACGAAAAGAACAGCUUGCUGGCCAAGAAGCUGGCCACGGAGGUCCGUUAUCAGUUGACGCAGGAGGAGCAGCUAUUCAACUUCCGCAAGACCGAUACACCACCAAUCCUGCUGAUUCUGGACCGCCGAGACGACCCGAUCACGCCGUUGCUGACACAGUGGACAUAUCAGGCGAUGGUGCACGAGCUGAUGGGCAUCCACAAUGGGCGCGUGGACCUCCGAGACGUGCCGGAGAUUCGGCCGGAAUUGCGGGAGAUUGUCCUCUCCCAGGACCAAGAUCCGUUCUUCAAGAAGAACAUGUACCAAAACUUCGGAGAUCUGGGCCAGAACAUCAAGGAGUACGUCGAGCAGUAUCAAACCAAGACGCAGAACACGAUGAACAUCGAGUCUAUCGCGGAUAUGAAGCGCUUCGUGGAGGACUAUCCCGAGUUCCGCAAACUGUCGGGGAACGUCAGUAAACACGUCACUCUCGUUGGCGAACUCAGUCGGCGCGUGGGCGAGGAGGACCUUCUUGAUGUGAGUGAGUUGGAGCAGAGCCUGGCCUGUAACGACAACCACGCCAACGACCUAAAGAAUCUCCAAAGGAUCAUUCAGUUGACUAGCGUCCCCGCCGAGAACAAGCUGCGGCUCGUGGCGCUGUACGCCAUUCGCUACGAGAAGCAGCCGUCAAACGCACUCCCAAUCCUGCUCGACCUCCUAGUCACUGCCGGGGAUGUACCCUCAUACAAAGCGAACAUCAUCCCGAAGCUACUCGCCUAUCACCACUCAUUGCAAGCGCCCCCAGUCGCCGGAGGAUUUUCCGACCUUUUCGAAUCCACAUCCCUCUUCUCCGGUGCCCGGGACCGGUUCAAGGGUCUGAAAGGCGUUGAAAACGUAUACACCCAACACUCGCCCCGGUUGGAGGCAACUCUCCAGAACCUGAUCAAGGGCCGAUUGAAGGAGCUCCAGUACCCAUUCCUGGAAGGCGGGGGCCACACGCGCGACAAGCCCCAAGACAUCAUCAUCUUCAUGGUGGGCGGCGCGACCUACGAAGAAGCCAAGAUGGUUGCCCAGGUAAAUGCCAGCUCGCCUGGUGUGCGGGUCGUUCUGGGGGGCACCACGAUCCACAACAGCACGAGCUUCCUCGAAGAAGUCGAUGAUGCUGUGAGCGGCUGGCCCGAGCCCGGCCCCUCGACUGCCGCUGGACGGCUGCAGAGGGCAAUUGGGCAUUAGCGUCGAAUCCAUUUCCCCUCGUCUGUCGAAUCUGUCUUCUGUAUCUGUAACCAUCUAUAAUAUAUCCUGGAAGUUGGCAAGCUUUCACUCUUGCGCGCGAGACUCUGGAAUUCAUGCUAUGUCAAUCAAUCGUGGCGUCGUUCAUAAGGAACUACCGACUGGCUACUAGCUGGUUUGCCUGUAUUUUAGUUAAGACAUGUAUAGCCACUUGUGCAGACAAUCAAUUUAAUACGACAAACCUUAUUGGCAG